UUAGUUAGCAAGUUAGCUCACUAUUCUUCGUUCAAUGAAAAGUGGAUUUAUCUGUGUUGUUGUUUUUCUUUCACAUUCUGGAAUAGAAGAUAUCUUUUAGAAUAAUAUUGUUUCAGUAUUUGAUAUUGAUAUAGUGAUAAAAUGGCAGCUGAAAUAAAACCUGGUUCAGCAAAUGCUGGAGAUAGAUUCAGUACAACGAAAAAACCGGUGCUAUUGUCGAAGUUAGAAGGAUGCAACGAUGAUAUAAACCAAGCAAUUCUCAUACCUGGCCAGGAUGGGGUGAUCAGUGUUUCGGAUGAUAGGACUGUACGGGUGUGGUUGAAGAGGGACUCGGGACAGUAUUGGCCCAGUAUCUGCGCUUACAUGCCUGUGGCAGCUACUUGCGUCUUCUACUGCCCUGAGACUAGACAGAUGUUCGUUGGGCAAGACAAUGGCACAAUCACUCAAUAUUUGCUGGAGGAGGACUUAAACCGGAUGUCGUCAGUGAGAGAUGUACUGGCUCACCAAGGCCGAGUGACUGCAGUACACUACGCUCUCACCCUAGAGUGGGUGUUGAGCAUCAGUAGGGACAAGAUGUUCCAGUUCCAUUGUUCUGAGACUGGCAGACAACUCGGCAACUUCAUCAGCAACGCUUGGUGCACAGCCCUUGUUUUUGACGCUCCAUCAAAGCACGCAUUCGUAGGAGACUACAGUGGAGUUAUCACAAUGCUGAAACUGAGCAAUGCCGGCUGUCAAAUCAUCACCUCCCUUAAAGGACACACUGGCAGUAUCCGUACUCUAGCCUGGGACCCUCAGAGACAAAGACUUUACUCGGGCAGCUUUGACCAGAUUGUCAUCUGUUGGGACAUCGGAGGCCAGCAAGGCAAUGCUUAUGAGCUCCAAGGGCAUCACAAUAAAGUGACAGCCCUCAACUAUUGUCCAUUGAAGCAACAGCUGAUUUCUGGGGGAGAAGACUGUACUUUGGUGUUUUGGGAUAUGACAGCUGAGAGGAAAGAGACACCAGAGUGGGUGGAGUCGGAUACAUGUCAGCUGUGUGGACGACCCUUUUUUUGGAACAUCCGGGCCAUGAUGGACCAGAAGCAGCUGGGGUUCCGACAACAUCACUGUCGGGCGUGUGGUCGCGCAGUGUGUGACAGAUGCUCUAGUCGCGCAGUGACUAUACCUACCAUGGGCUUUGAGCUGCCUGUCCGUGUGUGUGACCCUUGCCACAUACAGCUACGCGACGCUGACCGCACUCCUCUAGCUACCUUCCACGACACUAAGCACUGCAUCGUCUCCAUGGACCUGGACGAGCCUAGGAAACGGCUGUUGACCGUUGGACAGGACAAACUCAUCAAGUUGUGGGACGUGUCAGCCCUUCUGUAGCCAAACUCAGUCCCCGGACAUAGCGCUUCUACCACAGUAAUGUAAUGCUCAUGUGUAAUCCGUGGGUCGAUGUUCCGAUAUAUUUAACGUUUGCCCGUUAACCCCAGUCAUGACGGAGCGUUUUGUUGAGCGAUUCGAUGAAUUAUAUUUUUCUAACGUCUACGUUCAAGGUUAUUCUUGAUUUCCAGUGUAUAUUUUGACGGUCAAACCUUGUAAAUAUUUUAUCGUAAGAUUAAAACGAGUAAAAAUAAAAAUAUGGCUAGAUGUAAUGUGCUAAGGAUGUACUAUAUUAAUGAAUUUCUUUUGGUAGUCUAAGGUAAAUAAUUAGUUUUACUUAUAUAUUAUUUUCAAGACUUAUUAGAUAGAGGUAUUUAGGGAUUAUAAUAACUGAGUAAUCGUAAACACUUGUAACAAUGCAUGAUUCUGGGAUUUGUUGAACAAAUUUGGAACUGUGAUAGUGAUAUUUGAAUGAUAAUUGUAUUGGAUUAAAUUUGGAUCAGGACACUGAAUGCACAAUGUGUUAGGGAAUUUCCAGAUACCAUAGUGUUUUAUUUGGAAAUAGACCAGAAAUUAAAACAGUAGUUGUACAUCCCAAUAGUUUCAUUAGAAUGAUUUGGUAUCACUACAUAGUGAGGUGAUGUAAUUGAAUCAAUUUACAGUGUUUUCACUCGUGCAAGAUACUUAUAAAUCGUAGCUAAAUUCAGUUACCAAUCUGGCAUAAAUCAAAAUAGUCGUACAUUUUCAGCCUGAAGUCAGUAUAGACAAAUACAGUUUGCUGUCACCAGUUAAACAAAUUUGUUAAUGCACCUCGCUACUUUUCGAUUGAGCUCGUUAAUUUGUUUCUAGAAUUUUAACUCUUUUACAAGUUCAAAGUUUUAGUAGUAGUGUAAAAAGUAAAACAGUAAGUUAGUGCAUAAAAGAGAGUUAAAAAAAGAGUUAGUUCUUGUAGUCUUCUUGUACGAUUAAAUCUAAGAGACAGGAAAGUACUUCUCAAAAUGAUGUCUUUCUGAAAACAUGCAACAUUUUAAACACUGCAAUGAGUUCAGAUUCACAAGAUGUUUUCCGAUGAGAAAAAUUGUAAUACAACAUUUUGGUUAUAGUCAAAAAUGAUUUUAGAUUGGAGUCAGUUAAUUUAUUGAACUAAGUCCUGGGACCCAAAAAAAUUUUUAGAUAAAGAUUUUAAAAUAAUUUAAGAUAAACAAUAUUCCAACUAAUUAUUAUAUGCCCCUCUAUUGUAUUAGCAAAACAAAAUGUCUAUAAAUAUAACCUAGAAAAGAAAUCGAAUAGAUCAAUGAAAGAUAAACUUGACGAUGGCUUAUGAUAACUUGAGAAAUUAUUGUCUUAAAGAGUUUAGUUGGUUCGGUAAUAACGAUUGUGAUCUUCCGAGACUUUGAGUUUGCUUCAAUCCAGCCCAACCUUCAUUGCUCUCCAAUCUCAGCAGGAUAGUCUAAUCAUAGCCAUCUCUAGUAUAAGGCCGCGGCGAGCGAAAUCUGGCAACGUCGCAUCGGAGGCAUAGUCCAGCCGGCUCCCGCCAUUAGUUUGCAUAGAUAGACGGCGCAUCACCGGUGAUUAACCUGUUUGUUUUACACAAUUAGAGACAAUAUAGUAUUCGUAGUGACAGUGUGUUAUGCCUCAUAAGUGUGUCAUGCCGGGGUGUAAAAGUAACCACCUAAAAGCAUUAAAAACUGAGGAGUAUAUACAAUUAUUUCACUUCUCUUUAGAAGGUCCGCAUCAAGAUGAGUGGAUUAGAGCUAUAGCCUAAAUUUAAACUUAAUCAAGUACCACGUUCUGAUUAGGAAAAUACACAUUUCCUACUUUAUUAAAACUAAAGUAAAACAUAUUGGAUAAAAAAUGUAAAACUAAAAUAUUAAUAGUAAUAGUAUGAACAAACAGUUUUUGUACCUCUUAUGUAUUAUCAAAAUGAAAAAUCAAUACACUAUUGAUACAGAUAAUUUAAAAUAUUUUAAAUAGGCAAGAUGUUUUCAAAGUCUUGCGCAGUUGUGUUUUGUACAUUUUAUUAUACAUGUAUUGCAUACAUUUCCUAUGCAUUUAGUCAGAGGUGUAGCAAUAUUUCUUCUACCUUAGUACAGUUCUGCAUGAACAUUCAAUGACAAAAUUUUGAAAUAUAAAACAACUUUGCAUAUCUCGAAACUAAGUUUGAAAUUAUAAUAUCACCCAUAUAUUAAUAGGCAAGCGUGUUUAAAACUUUUUUUCUCAGCUUGUGUGCAACGCAGAGAAAAUAUACGCAUACUAUUAGAAAGAUAUUUUCCUGUAGAUGUGCAGAAUCCCUUUAUAAAUAUAAAUAGACAAAAAAUAACAUGAGCUGCUGCCAUGCUGGUGACAAAAUUACAAAGAAAUGAACGGAAUAUCAAAUCAAAUAAAAGAAAUUCCAAUAAAAUGUUUAAUUGACAACGUGGGUUAAUAGAUAUGUCUGAAUAUUACAUAUUUUUGGUUGAGUUUUCGACAACUAGACGACCAGUUCAUAAUAAAAUUAAAAAGAAUUUUAAGGGAACCUAGGCCUAUUUGUAAAAGUAUAUAUUUCCAUAACUCAUUAGGUUCCAAAAUGGUUACGUUUUUAUCACAAAUGUAUAUCGCUUGUGCAUUAUGCGCAACAUAUAUUCAGGGUUGGAAUUAAGUGGUGGAUAUACGUUUAUAUAAACAUGUAUUAAUUAGUAUUUCGUAAUACAAUCUGAAAAAUGGUAAGCGGCAUUUCAUGCUAAAAAUUAAUCUAUUGAUCUGGCUACAUUUUCAUUGCUUUAAACGUGAAUAAGCGCAGUUUUGGCGAAAUGUUGCACGUUUUAACGCUGGUGGCAAUACCCGGAGUUGGACCAGGACGGGGAUGAGUCGCGGCGUUGCCACAUCGAAGGCCGCGGCCUUAUUACUAGAGACGGCUAUGGUCUAAUCCUUCACCGGGACCAGAUUAAAUAAGAACUCUUAAAAUAUUGAACCCAAUAGGCUUAUUUAGAUUCCCUCAAUUUUUCAACGAAACUCUCAGGUUUAUGCUGAUUUUUGUGUUGCUUUGGUGUUAAAAAUAAUUGUUUUGAAGCACUUACGUUAUUAAUUCCGACACAGAAUGUUUUUCUUCUGGUUUAGGUAGGUUACAAAAUCGCCCUGCUUUCGUCCAAUAACCUUGUUGUGUUAUGCAAUUAUUGAUGUUUAUCAAAUGUUUAUUUACCAUUAAAUAGUUAUAGUUUUAUAAAUAUUGUUAAUAUUCGUAUAAUCAUUUUAUUUGAAUAGAAAUAAACUGAUGUUAUUUAUUUAGC